UUAAAGCCAUGAAGAAAACUUGCAAGAAGAAAAACACACUAGUCUCCAUUCCAACAGAAUUACUCGUCGAAAUCGUGGCCCGAGUAGCAGCAUCUUCGUUCGAUGACUUGUUCAAUACCAAGUUCAGCUGCAGAACUCUUAACAAAUUUGCCGAUGUUAAUGAUAAGUACAUAUCUAAACGUGUUUCGCUUGACAAGUUUCACGUAGUACCAUGGACAUCAAAGACAUCAAACCAGCAUAUAGUCUUCCUGGACCGCUGCAUCGAUUCGGGUAAUCCAGAGGCUUUAUACCGGCAUGGAAUUGUACAAUAUUUUGGGAAGGCGGAGAUAAAUUCAGGCAUCGAGUGUUUGAGGAGGGCUGCAAAUUCAGGACACCUUGAAGCUACCUUCGUGAUUGGUCUGAUCUUGAUACUACAUGGAGGUGAAGAUAAAGAAAGGGGAAUGAAGAUUAUUAUUAACAUGAAAAAAUUACAGCCAAGAAAGAAAAUUGCAGAAAUUCGGGAAAGAUUUUCAAGAACGCUAAAAUCAAUGUGGGUGAAAAAUACUGCCCUGAUCGGAAAAGCAAGGCCGAUUUGUUGCACAACGCACCGACGUGCAAAUUCUACAUUCCAUAUGUGGAAAAGGUUUGCUGACUUAGAAUGUGAAGCUUGCUAUUGUGAUCAAGAAAUAAUCCAUUUGUGGGAAAUUUUACCGAAAUCCAUCUAGUUAGCUAUAUAUAUAGUUUUCCAGGUUGUUCAUGCUAGUUAGCUAAUUUUCUGUGU